UGCGGUACCGAGGAGACACAGCUGUGAUUAUGAUUCAAUAUAAUGGCGAAAAAUGGAAAAAUCACGGACUGAGAUAACUGAGUACACCUACAGAGAUUUGGACUGGACGUAAAGCUGCCAUGGGCUUCUGACCCCGCUGUGGAUCUCGCUGUUUUUAGGAUAUAACACAGUGAAGUUACGGCAAUCUUUGUCCCCCGGACUAAAGAAAGACCAGGGGGCCUGAAAUUACACGGACGUCGGUUGAAGUUGAGCUACGGGCUGCGCUAGCUAAGUUAGCAUUUAGCUCGCUGUGAACUGUCUUUCUCUCUAUCCAGUUGGAAGUAUACCUAUAAAUGGCAACGCUGUAUGUGGCUAUGUGUAGCGUAAAACAUUAUCAGUGACAGCGUCUUUUUAAAACUAUCGUUUCUGAUAACUGCUUUUGCAACGUUAGCACCAGUGCUAAUAGCUAAGCUAGCUGGCUAGCUCUCUGGCAGGGCUAGCUUGUUGUUCCCCUGCUAACUUAGCCAGAGAGCUUCUGUUAAACGGGAACAAAGGGGCAGAUUUAAGCUUAGGUAGUUUAUUUGCUUACUAUAAAACAUAUCUCAGCAGAGAUUUGAGAUAAAAUUUGAGAUUUAUUCUAUUAACCAUUACAGCAUGUUUUUCUUCCUUGCAUAGACCACCAAUCACACAAAAGUCAUCCCGUCCGGAUAUAGUUUAAGUUGCACUUUCAUUGCUUUUUAAAUAUGUUAGUUUGUCGCUAAGAUAAUGUUUUUGGCUCGAGAAGGAAUCUCAGUGUGAGGAUGUGUUAUUUAUAAGCUGCCAGUCAUCAGUUUGAAAGACAGUACCAGUUGUUUACAUUAGCUAAAGCUACUUUUCCUUGUUCAGCAAAGCCUAUUAUUUUUCUUCCCGUUACUUUGAGACGUGAGGAUGUUUUGCUUUUCGGAACCACAUUUUUGGCACCCACCUUGUUUUUCAAGUAGGACAUUCCUGUGAGACUGGCCCUUUUUUGGUCUGAAAUUGCACACAAUUUGGAAGACUGUGAAAGCUGCAAGGCAAAGCAGGGACUUUAAAGUUGGUGGACCCCUAUUCACCAGGUUCAUGGCAUAACAAGCCUUUUGUUUUUGUUCAAGUGAUUAGAAUAACACACAAGGGGGUAACCCAUCCUUGUGUCAACGCGGGAGCUUACAGUUACUCAUCUUCAGCCCCUGGGCUCAGAUGUGAGGCACGAUGGGCAGCCAGGGCAGCCCAGUGAAAAGCUAUGACUACCUGCUCAAGUUCCUCCUGGUCGGAGACAGCGAUGUGGGCAAAGGAGAGAUCCUGGACAGCCUGCAGGAUGGAUCAGCGGAGUCCCCAUAUGCCUACAGUAGUGGUAUCGACUAUAAAACGACGACCAUCCUUCUGGACGGGAGGAGAGUAAAGCUGGAGCUUUGGGACACGUCAGGACAGGGGAGGUUCUGCACCAUCUUCCGCUCGUAUUCCCGUGGGGCUCAGGGGAUCCUGCUGGUGUAUGACAUAACCAACCGGUGGUCUUUUGACGGGAUCGACAGGUGGAUCAGAGAGAUCGAUGAGCAUGCUCCGGGCGUGCCUCGAAUCCUCGUCGGGAACCGUCUACAUCUGGCCUUCAAGCGGCAGGUCCCCACGGAGCAGGCGAGAGCGUACGCCGAGAAGAACGGCAUGACCUUCUUCGAGGUGAGCCCGCUGUGCAACUUCAACGUCAUCGAGUCGUUCACGGAGCUGUCGCGCAUCGUCCUGAUGAGGCACGGCAUGGAGAAGUUCUGGAAGCCCAACAGAGUCUUCAGUCUGCAGGACCUCUGCUGCAGAGCCAUCGUGUCGUGCACGCCGGUCCACCUCAUCGACAAGCUCCCGCUGCCUGUCGCUAUCAAGUCCCACCUCAAGUCCUUCUCCAUGGCCAACGGCAUGAACGCCGUCAUGAUGCACGGACGCUCGUACUCGCUGGCCAACCCGGCCGGCGGCACCAAGGGCAACAGCUUGAAGCGCUCCAAGUCCAUCCGUCCACCGCAGAGCCCGCCGCAGAACUGCACCCGCAACAACUGUAAGAUCUCCUAAUAAACGGCUUCCUCUGGAGCUGGGGGGGUCAGGAUCAGAGCACGGAGUCAGGAGUGUACAGGACGGAGGGAGGUGGUGAACAGAGCUCAUCCCUGAACCUGAAGAGCUGAAGAGCAGGAAUGAUGGAUAAAGGGAUGAACGAGUGCUACCUCUCACCUUCAUAUUGCACAGUAUGAAUUAGUUUCCAGCGCAGGGAGCGAGCGGUGCCUCCAGAUACCAGAGGAGGGGCACCGGGUCUCCACAGACCUGAUUCUCACUACGAGAGAGAGAGACUCCACAUCCACUGCUGGAGUUUUAACUACAUGUACAGAAAUCCCUCACCAACUCAAACAUAUUUAGCUCCUCUACAUGACGCACGCCUCCAUGUGCAUCACAGAAAUCACCUCAAGACCAAUUCUUCACUUUUAUGUCUCACAUUUCUUUCUCUCUCUUUCUGUCCACACCUCUGCGGUUUAUUUGCUGUUUUAUUGACGAAUAAGCUAACCAUCGAGACACUACUCCCCAGUCCCUCCGGCUGGCUGUGUGUUCGAACACUCAUUGUGCUUUGGGAGACAGAGUAUCUCAUCCAGUGACACUCUGAGGGGAAAUCUUGGUGACAAGAUGAGUGACUGUUCCCAUCUGGUGCUGUAGUUGACGUGAAGGUCUUCAGGCAGACCCAACCCCCCGACAGGCUCUGAUCAGACAACACGCAUGGUGCAGACACUUCUUUUUCAUUAUUGUUGCUAGAGAUCUGUACCUUUUUAAUAUUCAUCAUGAUAAUUGGACAGGUGGAGGGCUGUUCUUAAACACUUUGUUGGACUUAGAUCUGAUUGGGUCCAUAAGGCCUCAGCUGGAUCAUUUCAAAGCAUAUUUAAGUUAAAAAAAAGAGACUCUCAAUUCAUCCCACUGGACAACGUUCGGCAGCAGAAAAGCAGCGACUAAAACACUUCAAACUCAAUUCAAAAAGCCGCCCCAGGCUGCUAAAACUCAGCCCUAAAAGACGCAACCAGACUCGAUGCUGUACUGGGUCUGUAAAAACACGCUGCUUGUUUAAUGUUCACCUGCGACCAACCGGCUUAAAGCACAAAAAAAAAAAACACGACUGUGAAACUGCAGUAACCAGCUCUCACAUUUCUCUUAUAAUUCUGUUUUUAACUCUUCCUUUUCACAUGAUGAAGAGAGACAGAACAGAUCAGAUAAGGCUGGAGAUAUUCUAUUCUAAAUCCUCUUGGCUUUUCUUUUUGGCCCAGGAGCUUCUGGGAGUCGUAGUCUGAAUCCCGUUCCUCCGCUGUGUCCUGCUGUGUUCUCCAAACAUUAACCUCAGUGUCAGAGAGGAGAGAGCAGAAGAUGUGAUGAUGGUGCGAUGUAAACACAAACCGGUCAGAGGAGCUGAGCUGGUCAGGACGGAGUCAGGUGAAGAGGAACGUGUUGACAGUAAAUAGCGCCGCGUGUUUACCACUUCAACCGUCUCACACAGUCUUGACUUAAAGCUUUAUAUCACACCUGGAUUGACUCAUUCAUCCUUUUUAGUUUUUUUUUAUUAUUUGCCAAUUUUUACUUUUUUUUUCAAUUAACCGUAAAACCCUCUGAACCCUAACAAGCAGUUUUAGAGUGCUUUUAUAACUCACUGCAGCCACGUUUUUCACUACAAUAUAAAAAAUAUGUAAGUCCUGCAGUUCUGUGAAAUCAGCAUAAUCCUGGCUAGAAGUGGAAACAACUAAAACAAAAAUUCUUCAAUAAUUUAUGGAAGAAAUAUUGGAAUAAAAUCUGUUACUAUUAAAUCUGUAACCAGUAUUGUCAGCUCCACAUAUUAUUUAUAUAUUUCCAUGUUUCCAGCCUGUCUCGUCCUUUCCUCUCUGCAAAAAUACUUUUUAAAGGAAAAUCUGUGUUCAACAUUAGAAAUUGAGAGUACUUACAGCUUGUGCCAGUAAAUCAAAUAUUUUAUGCCUUUGAUUGGUUUUAGGACAUUUUGAUGACCAUUUCUCACUAUUUUGUGAAAUUUUACAGACCAGGCAAAAAUGAAUUACAUUAGAUUAAUUAACAUUAAAACGCUCAUGGGCUACAGCUUAUUACCUUCCGAAUGGUUUCAACAAACAGGAGGAAACUCGUUUUUUCAUUCAUUUCAUUCUGUUUGUUUUAAAGAACAAAGGUCAGGCUUUAAACACAAACAAUACUUGUUAGGAUUGAGUUAAAACACAGAAUAUCACCAGCCUUGUUUUUAAAUAUGAGCAUUAUUUAUCAGCCAUCACUCGCUGCUGCUGCGUUCAGGUCCAGUGGGAAACGGCAGACACGAGUGGACGAGUAAACAGGCUAUAGUGUCUCAGUGAGUCGUCCCUCCUGAGAAUCUCCCACAGGAACCAGUGCAGCACGUCUUCUUCCCCUUCUUCGCCUUCUUCUUCUCCUUCUCCUCCUUCUGAUCUGUGCCCCCGCUCCGCAUGCCAUCCCAUGAUUCAUAGCUGCUGAAUAAUAGAUGCUCUCUUCACAGAUCCUCAUCAGUACGCCCCGGCUCCGUCUCUCCCUCGCCGCUCUUUCAUCCUCCGCUCCAUUUGUUUCUCUCUGUGAUUUAAAGAAUCAGCUGCUGCUUGUUUUACAUUUGAGAUGACACUUUUCUUCCUGUGUUUCCUCCUAAACCUGCUGAUCAGCGGUCACUGCUGGAAAGUAACAUUUACUCGAGUAUUGAACAACUUUGAGGUGCUUUACUUGGGUAUUUCUAUUUUAUGCUACUUUAUACUUUCACUCCAGUAAAUCUCAACGAAAAAUAUUCUACUGUUAUUGCACUACAGUGAUUUUUUUAUUUCCUUUCUGUCCAGUUAAAACCAAACACAGCCCUGAUUCCACAACAGUUGGGACGCUGUGUAAAUAAAACAAGUAUAUUUACUAAAAACAUACAAAAAAUGUAUUAUCUUUGUACAGUUUUAACUGAAUAUAUAUUUCUAGCCCAUUCUGUUUUAUUUACAUUUUUAGACAAUGUCCAAAAUUUUUUGGAAUCCAGGUUUGUAUCUUCAGAAGUGUUUAUGAAUCAAGUUUGUGAUAAACUAAAAUAAUAUGAUGGAAAUAUCACAGAAUAUUAUUAUUAUUAUUAUUAUUAUAAUCAUAGAAAUACAAAAAAAAGUUGGGACAUUGAGAAGAAUCUUCAUUUUUGACAUAUAUUCAAUUAAAAACUGUACAAAGAAAAUAUAUUUCAUGUUCAAACUCAUAAUUUUUCUGUGUACCCAACAAUGCAGAAAGGUUCAUUUUAGAAUAAUAAUAAUUAAUAAUUAUAAUUAUUGAUGCAUUAAUGUGUUCAACACUUUAAUUUGAUUACACUAUAUUCUGCUGUGUAGUUCAACCUUUAAUACAUCAUCGUUUAUUUUAUAUUUCCCAUUAAUAAUUGAAUCUGAAAAGUAACUGAAGUGCAGAGAAAAGUUGAAGAUUUCCCAGGAGUAACAGGAGAAAGUUGCAUAAAAAAAGUACAAUUUAAAAACUUCACUUGAGUAAAAGUACUUUCCAGCAGCAGCUGCAGAAUAAUCCACAGUAAUGUUUAUCAGUUUCAGGGUGAAACAGAGAAAUAGACACAGCUGACGCUUGUUUGUUCCGUCAGAAAAAGUUUUUUUAAAGAAAGAAAAGAAGAAUUUAUUUGACUCGAGCUUGUUGCCAAGAUUUGUCUGCAGAGUUUCUGAACUGGAAACGCUGAUGUUGUUUUGUGUUAUUUUAUUCAUCCAACA